GAGAAACUGUGUUACCUUGACUUAGCAGACUCUUAUCUAAGGCAGUCGCUGUGAGGACAAGACACUCACAUUUUACAACUAUGGAUCAAAACUUGGUGAUCCCGGUGGUGGCGGCUUCUUCUGUGGUGGUGAUGACACUAUUGUACUUCCUCCUGCGAGGAUCUUCAGGAGAGAAGAAGAACAAACAGCCCGUCACUCUGCAAGACCCGAUGGUCAAGUACUCACUUCCCCUAACACACAAACAGGAAAUCAGUCACGACACAAAGAGACUGCGGUUUGGCCUUCCAUCUGAAGCUCAUGUCCUUGGACUUCCAGUCGGUCAGCACGUGUACCUAUCAGCAAAGGUAAAUGGCAGCCUGGUGGUCAGAGCCUAUACUCCAGUCUCCAGUGAUGAGGACCAAGGAUAUGUGGACCUUGUGGUCAAGGUUUACUUCAAGAACUGUCAUCCCUCCUUUCCAGAGGGAGGGAAAAUGUCUCAGUACCUGAACAACAUGACAAUCGGAGACACUAUUGAUUUCAGAGGACCUAAUGGACUGCUGGUGUAUAAUGGAAAAGGUCAGUUUUCCAUCAGACCAGACAAAAAGUCAGAGGCCAAACUUCGGAAGUUCAAGCACGUUGGAAUGAUCGCAGGAGGAACAGGUAUCACUCCUAUGCUGCAGUUAAUUCGUAGGAUCACAGCCGACCCUACAGACAACACCAGCUGCUCCCUCAUAUUUGCCAACCAGACUGAGAAGGAUAUCCUCCUGAGGGAGGAACUGGAGGAGGUGAAGAAGAAUCAUCCUGACAAAGUCAAGGUCUGGUUCACACUGGACAAACCUCCACAAGGCUGGAGCUACAGCUCAGGGUUUGUCAACUAUGACAUGAUCAAGGACCACCUCCCUGCUCCAUCUGCAGAUGUCCUCAUUGUCCUGUGUGGUCCUCCACCAAUGAUACAGUAUGCCUGUCUCCCUAAUCUGGAGAAACUGGGACACAAAACAGAAAACAUCUUUUCUUACUGAUGACCUACAGGGCAGCUUUAGUCACUGUUUGGUCACAAAUUACUUCUAUGAACACAGCUGAUUUUAUACAAAGUGGUGCGUGUGUACCAUUUAUACCUGUUGCUGGUUAUUGCUGUGUUUGUCUUCUAAGAUUUUUACUGUCAAAUUGGGAUUUUAGGCCUAAAUAAAAUGCUUUUUAUGAAAUAAGAGUAAAGAUGGAAAAACAACA